GCAGGUUUUAUCCUGAUCAUUCAUAGUGCUGUCGCUGCUCGUGAGUGUUGGGUAUGGGUCUUGCUAUGGUGAUGUCAGUCAGAAUGGCUCCUCCUCUUCCUCUGAUUUUUCUGCUUAUGAUUCACAGGGCUUACAGUACGAAGGAGGAUGUAAAUUACAGCCCUUCACACAUCUGUGCACUAAAGAACUCAUCAGUGAUAAUGAGCUGCACUUAUACAUACCCUACUGGACGUCAGAUCAAGAAAGUGUUCUGGACCAAAACAACUGUUAGAAAUGCUGAUAAUGAGUUUCCAGAUCUGUCUGAGGAUCCUGAAUACAGACAGAGGCUUCAGUAUCUGGGAGACAAACAGCAGAACUGCACCAUCAGACUGAGUCAUGUGACACAGAAGGAUGAACACAAGUACUAUUUCAGAUUCACAACUGAUAAAGCUGAUGUGAAAUGGAUUGGUGCUCCGGGAGUGACUCUUACUGUCACAGAUCUUCAGGUGGAGGCUCCUGAGAGAGUGACAGAGGGUCAUAAUGUCAGUCUGACAUGUAAAAGCAGCUGCACUCUGACUGACAGAGCAACAUUCAUCUGGUACAGAAACUCACAGCCAUUAACUGAGAGAAGAGACAGAAACAAUCAACUCCUGCUGCAGUCAGUCAGAAGAGAGGAUGCAGGCAGAUACAGCUGUGCUCUAGAUGGACACAGUUACAUCUCUCCUGCUGCUCAUCUCAGUGUCACCUAUGCACCAAAAAAUGUCUGGGUUUUCAUAAAUGGAUCUGGUGUAAUAGUGGAGGGAGAUUCAGUGACUCUGAGCUGCAGCAGUGAUUCAAACCCUCCUGCUCUGAACUUCAGCUGGUUUAAAGGAGGAACGUUUGUCGGAUCUGGAAGAAUCUACAGCAUCUCAAACAUCAGCUCUGAUGAUAGUAAAAAAUACAAGUGCAAGUCCAGAAAUGAACAUGGAGAGAAAUACUCUGAUGCUGUGACUUUAAACAUCAUGUACUCUCCCAGGAACGUCUCAGUGUCCAUCAGUCAGUCUGGUCAAGUGCACUCAGGGCAUUCAGUGACUCUGAGCUGCAGCAGUGAUUCAAACCCUCCUGCAGAAAUCAGCUGGUUUAAAGGAGGAACGUUUGUAGGAUCUGGAAGAAUCUACAGCAUCUCAAACAUCAGCUCUGAUCACAGUGGAGAAUACAAGUGCAAGUCCAGAAAUGAACAUGGAGAGAAAUACUCUGAUGCUGUGACUUUGAAUGUCAUGUGCUACCGUGGCCACCUGCAUCCUCAGUAUUGCUCCACCUCCUUGGCUCUCUGUCUGUACCGGGGGCUCCACCCCUCCAUUGCUGUCGUCACCUCCAGUUGUCCCCAUGGUGUUGUGUGUUCCCAUCACACCUUGGCCAUGGAGUGCAGUCCUAGCUGUGGCCUGUGUCUCCAUCUACCCUCUCCUGCUCAAGGCUCCUCCCUGGACUUCACCACCAUCACUUUCCUGGCUUUCACCUCUGUCUGCACCGCCCUGGACCCUUCAGUUCUGUCUCCUUUCGAUUAG